GAAACAGAGUGCGAUAACCGCUCGUAUCCUGCCUUCUCUGUCGACCCCUCCCCAGGCGCCGGCGGCGACCUAUCUUCAUCACGGGCAACCGGAUUCAAGCCGCAUCUGACAGUAGGCUAACAUAAAGACAUGAACUUUCACAAGGAAGCCACUGCUGCAAAGUUAACUGAUGAUAUAGUGGUUGAUAUCCUCUCCCGCCUGACGUACAAGGACUUCUGCCGCUGCAAAUGUGCCUAUAAGGCUUGGUCUGCCUUUUCGUCUGAUCCAGACUACUGCAAGAAGCUGCCCAAAAAAGUAACCACUGGACUUCUGUAUCAAGGCCACAAUAAUUCUGCUAUCCCACUUGUUAGCCUAUCCCAAGAUGAUGGGGAAAUAGAUGGAAUUCUUGCAGACGUGCCACACUAUGAACAUUUAGAAUUCCUCGACUGCUGCAAUGGUCUUGUCCUUUGUAAGUACAGGAGCCGCUAUAGUUCUCCACACGCUUGCCGCUUCAUUGUGUGCAACCCAGCAACACGAGAAUGGAGGAUAAUUCCCGAUACUCAUCCUACAACAGAUGACCCACAUUAUGUAACUAUUUUGGCGUUCGAUCCAUCAUGGUCACCGCAGUUCUACAUCUUCAAUUUUCAUCUGAUGCACCACCACGGUUUGAUACUUGGUACCAGCAAACUUGAGAUAUUCCAGUCUGAAACAUCCAAAUGGCUUGUCGAUGAUACCUUGGAUCUAAAUACAGAUAUUUGUUCCAGAACACACUUAUUUAUUAGUGGAGUGUUGUAUGUGUCUACUAGAUAUGAAGUUUUGGCGUUCGAAGGACUGGGGGCAAUGAGUGAUGGCGUGCCACCUUAUCAUCAGACUAUAAGUUUGCCACCUGAAGCUUCAUACGUGUCUAACUUCACCAGAGGUUGCUUUGGCAAAUCUUCAGGGAUCUUACACUAUGUGUUGCCACAUGAAGAUGGUCACUCGAUUAUUGUGUGGUAUUUAGAUGAUUAUGCUUAUAAUUUAUCGAAUUGGACAGUGAAGUGUCAGCUUAAUAUGACAGAUGCAUUUGGAAGGGAUGAUUUUAUUCACUAUGACAAUGGUGGCAAUGAAGGUGACGGCAAUUGGUUUUGGAACUGCGAUUAUCGGGUUGUCGAUCUUGACUUGGAGCGAGAGCUCGUUUUCCUCUGUGAUCAGAAGGCAAAGAAGCUUCUUUCUUACAAUAUCAGCACUGGGAAACUCAAUGCGAUAGAAGACGCAUUUCAGUGGCAUCACUACUAUGUCUAUGUACCAUGCUACUCACAGCUUCCUGCCCAAGAACCUUCAGUUGAGUGAAUGUCAACUUUGUUCAUUGUGAAUCUGUGACUCUUCCUCUGCCUUAGAUGCAAAACCACCUUGUAUACUAUGCUAGUCGGUUUCAUUCGUAUGACCAGUCCUGGAACCAUACCUCUUUUUAUGCAGAGUCGAUAUGUUACUUUCCUUUACUUUCCUAAGGCUCUUCAGUAUGAUGCCAGUUCACUACCUUGUUUAAGUUUGUUAUCUGUAAGAUUACAUGUCUUUCUUA